AUGGAUGAAGAGUCUAUUUUUUUUAAUAAAAAAUUCUGUGAAAAUGAAAAAGUAUUGAUUUCUGAUAAAUCUAUGGAUUAUCAAAAAAAGACUGAUGCACUAUUACGACUUAAAGGAUUGGUUCGUCGUAUAUUUAUGCUUCGUAGAUUUCGUCUAAAGCGUCGUUUCUUAGUUUCUAGACCAUUUAAUUUUGUAUAUUUGCAGCUUCUGAAUCAGGUGAUUAGAGAAACAGCAGCGGAUGUGGAUCUAGAAAUAACUAAGAAUGAUUUGGACCCAUCAAUAGUUUGUGGUAAUAUGUGGUCUUCUCUUGAAAAAGAAAAAUUUUUUAAGAGUUUAUCUCGUAGAAGUCGUCAUAAUCCCGAAGAUAUUGCAAGAGAUGUAGGUAGCAAAAGUGUUAUGCAAGUCAUAGGGUAUAUGAAUAUUUUGGAAGAAGAAUCUCAAAUGCUUCGUCUUUCUAAUAGAAAAUCUGGUGAAGAAGUUAGUCUUCGGCAUAUUCCUGCUGCAAUGGAAAUGAGUGAUAAAUGGAUUAAUGUUGAAGAGCAAGAAGCUAAAAAAAUACAAAAGUGGACUGAUAAGCUUCAGGAACGGCAAGAGAAAGUAACAUGGGGUCCAGAAUGGUCUUUUUUGGAGAAUAGAAAAACUCAUGAAAUAGAGAUGGCAUGGAAUUUUGUUAAUGAGUCAUUUAUUUCAAUUCAAGAACCUUUAUUUGAAGUUUCUCCUGAAAUAUGUUUUUUGCGUCCAAAGUCAUUUAUUGAGUUGUCAGAAAAAUUGUUUUUUAAUAGAGAUAUAGACUCUCCUUCGAAAGAAAUUGUAUUAUAUAGAACAACUUUAAUGCAUAUGUAUGAGCUUGCGCGAAGGUUAACAAGACGACUAGUACAAACAGUAUAUUUUAUAGCUCUUUCUAGGCUUCGUGCAGAAAGUUCGUCUAAUUUUCAUUCUCGAUAUGUUGUACGUUCAAAAGACGUACAAAUGGCUGUGGAUAUUCUUAGGCUUAAUAGGAAUUCUGAUAGUUAUUGGCUUAAUCUUCCAAGGAGAAUUAAAAUGACUGUAUUAGAUGAAAAUGGUCAAAAGUUAAAUUUUGAUCAAGUAGAGAAUAAACUUUCUAGGAUUCCUUUAAGUACUCUUCGAAGACGUGGGAAAGAAGUAUCCUUGUAUGACAGUUUUUCUUCUAUUAAGAAUAAACAUAUUGAUUUUGAGAAUAACUUUUCUACAGCGUUUUCUAUAACAGAUUGUUUUCAAGCUAAUAAUAGUGAAAAUACUAUAGAGAACUUAGACGAUCCUAAUCUUUUAAAAUCGUCUUUGUUAAGUAGUGUUCAAAAGAAUGCUGUUUUUAAUGAUAAUUAUGAUGAUUUGUCUGUAGAUGCUUCAGAAAGUUCUGAUGAUGAUGAAAUUGAUGAUAUGUUGGUAAAUGUAGAAGAUGAAUUUUUAGAAGUUUUAGAUGCUAAAAGGAGUGCAAUUAAUGAAUGUGAACUUUGGAGAAAGUUUUUAAAUUUUUAUAAGUUUGGAAAAAUUAAUAUUGUAUCACCAAAGUCUAGAUGGAUACGUUAUAUGGAUAUGAAAGAAAUGUAUGAAGAGAAAAUUUUGAUUUUUGAUUGA